CCAUUUUGGGCAAUAUAAAAAGCUUUCCACUGCUCAAGGUUUCAGUCGAGAGGAUCAUUUUGGUAGUGCAACAUGGAUAUAAAGUUUACAAUUGCAGUAUUGUUGGUGACUCUUGGUGGCAGAAAUGGUGGGCAUGUUGAGGGUUCAACGACACCAGCGCCUUCUUGUUUAAAAGGAACCUGCACUGGAGCAGACGAAUCCUGCCUAAAAAACGUUACAACGAAAUGUGCUUUUAUAGGAAGUUGUACGAAAUCAGUGACGAAGACAGGCAAGCUAGUGACUGUCAAAGUAGAUUGCGGAUUAGCAAAAUGCCCUACAACAGCACCAACACCAGCAUCAACAUCAGCACCAACAACAGCAUCAACAGCAGCCCCAGUAACAACAGCAGCCCCAGCAGCAUCAACAACAACAUCGACAGCAGCUCCAGCUCCAACAGCUGGAAGAAAAAGAAGAGCAGCAUCAACAACACCAAGUGACUGUUGUACCACAGCUCUUUGCAACCAAUAUCAAGAUCAUUCUCCUGACUCAGCCGCUUUCAGGCUUCAGACAAACGUGUUUUACUUCGUAGGAAUUAGUUUGCUUCUAAUUUUACUAACGUAAAUGAAAUUAAGGUAUACUUUGCAGUAACAAAUUGUGUGACAAAUCUCUGUAUUUUCGAAAGAGACAAAUACUUUUAAAACUUAACUCAUUUAUGUCUAUUUUUCUCAAAGAAAAUAUAAUGUUUGACUGUGGCAUCUGAAACUUGCAAGAAUAUUAAUAAAACACAAACUUGAUAUUGAUAAAAAUUAUGACUUUUUUACAAUUAUGAAAAGAUAUAUUCAUAAUUUCUAUACCGGGAUACACAGACGCAAAAGCAAAACUAUCCUAUUCAAAUAUAAAGUAGUUUUAUCCAUCGAACUUCGAUAAUUUUAGGCUAAAUAGCAUUUUUUCAUGUUGCGUCUGACUGCGCAAAAAUGGAUAAGUAAAGUUUUGUUUGUUAACACUGAUAUAUGAUAAAAAUAAAAGGUAAAGGUAGAUUUCCCGGAAGCACAGAGCCUCACAAACACAGCCCAAGGAGCCAUACAUUAGAAACAUUGUUAUAUGAAAAGUCAUUCAAUGCAUUGUGCAAACGUAUGUUUGUUUAAACGCUUCAUGGCAAACAAUUAAACAUUGAUUUGUCGUUAGUAUUAUUCUAAAUCCGUUACUUGGAAGAGUCUUGAUGAAGCUUGUCAGCCGACAAAGUACUCUAAUGAUAAAUAACAGUAGUAGAAUAAUGCUACUAAAACUUUUUGUUCACUGUGGAUUGAAAUAGUAUUCUGGCAUAAGAUAUAUACACAUUUGUUUGUUGUAUGAAUAAACUUUUUUCCUAAC